AUGAGCAAUUUCAGUGCCGCCGGGGAUGGCAUUAGUAGUAACUACGAGGGUGCUGGCGUUCCCUUGCAGAUUACUAUCGCAACUCUUGCUGGUAUCACUUGGUACAAUGCCUUGGAGUUAAUGAUUCUCCUCUUUGUCACCUUCGCGGAAUACCGAGGACUUUACUUUUGGAGUUUAUUUGUCUCUUCCUCUGCCGGUCUGAUUCCCUACUCGCUGGGCUUCUUACUCAAGUUCUUCAAACUCACCGACAAAAUUCCAUGGCUCCCUGUCACCUUGCUUACAAUUGGAUGGUGGUGCAUGGUCACCGGCCAGUCUGUUGUCCUGUACUCGCGCCUACACUUAGUCCUGCCAAACCACCGAAUCCUGCGUCGCGUGUUGAUCAUGAUCGUGAUUAACGCACUCAUCCUUCAUCUUCCCACUACCGCCCUCACGUACGGCACCAACCUAGUCCACGACGAGGUCGCCCUGGCCCCAUGGAAAACUGGCUACAACAUAAUGGAAAAAAUCCAAAUGACAGGCUUCUGUCUACAGGAGUUCAUCAUCUCGGGACUAUACAUAUGGGAAACAGUGCGCAUGCUACGCUUAGACCCGGACCGUGCCAAGCGCAAGAUUCAGUACCAAUUACUAGUCAUCAACUUCAUCAUCAUCAUCAUGGACUUGGGUCUCCUCGUCGCCGAGUACAUGAACUUCUACAUCAUGGAAACCAUGCUCAAAGGCGCCGUAUACAGCAUCAAGCUGAAGCUUGAAUUCGCCGUACUCGGUAAACUCAUCCACCUGGUACAAAAUCACGUCUGGAAACCCGAAUCUUUCUCUGCGCCACGCGACCUGCCUGAUUUCGUCGACGCAAGCCGUGUGACAUCUGAUAUGACCCAUGCUGUCCCUAGCCUCGUCCACCGCAGACCUUCCCGGAUGGAUGCAGACGACGUUUCUAUCGCCUUCUUCGAACAUCUACCAUCCGACCGUUUACGAACCAAUUCCGAUCUCUCCAACUCGUGGAGCAGUGAGGCCCGCGCCUAUCAUGUGGAUCAUCUCCCAACCGACUUCACCAAUCCUUUCCGCCAUUAUUCCCGUCGCCAGAGUCGUCGGGAAGUACCUAAGAAACCGGGGUGA